AUGCCCUCAUUCGGCGGUACUCCCCUCUGCGCAAGAUGCGGCAAAGUGGUCUAUGCCGCGGAACAGACUAUGGGACCAGGUCGCAAGAUAUACCAUAAGCCAUGUUUGACGUGCACCUCUUGCGGCAAGCGAUUGGACUCUUACAGUCUGUUAGAACACGACGAGGAGCCUUACUGCAAGAACUGUCAUGUCAAGCUGUUUGCUAUGCAAGAUCUCAGGCUCGCUAACUUGCCGAACCGCGACGAGGUAUUCCUCUCGCCUUCGUCCCCCACGACAUCCCCCACCCGUCGCAUCGCGGUCCUACCUACUCGAACUGGAUCCCCGCCGUUGCAUAUGGACAGGCCGCCUUCCUUGCCACCUCGGCGGCACGGCGGGUCUUUAGACACGCCUACUUCGGCUAUGUCGUCUUAUUCGCCGCGAAUGCGGCCUGCUCGCGCAUGGAGUCCCGUACGAGAUGGUACAAAUGAGGGACCAAAUGAUGAGCAGCGGGAGGAAGAAGAGGUCAAGGAGCAGCUCGUUGUGCAGAACGAUGACUUUGGCUCGACCGCUACACAUACUGGCCGCAGCUCGACGGGCUUCCCACGGACCGUACCCCUCAGCCCUAUUCGCAACCGCUUCAGCACCAUCUCCGUCAGCACCAGUCAGUCCGUCUUCGACGCCGGCGCGCCAGAGUACCCCGACGUGGGAUCCCGGAUGAAUGUUCCCCUGCCGACGCACACGGGCACGCGGUACGGGGCUGCCCUGAGCGGUGCGAGCAGCAUUCCGGUAUCACCUGCGGCAACGGGGAGGCAGUGGGGAGGGACCCCGCGGUGUCCCAAGUGCGGGCAGGCGGUGUACUUUGCGGAGCAGAUCAAGGCAAUUGGGAAGACUUAUCACAAGGGCUGCCUCAGGUGCACGGAGUGCAAUACCCUCCUCGACUCGACUAGACUGAACGAGCGGGACGGAAACCCGUUCUGCAAUCGCUGUUACAGCAAGCUCUAUGGGCCUCAAGGGAGCGGCUAUGCAUUAUUGGGCAAAGCCGGCGCAUAAUGGUGCUGCUCUUCUCCCAUUCCACGCGUCUGCGACGCGGGUCUGUUUUGAUUGCUAUCUUUAUCCAUUAUGUUGACAGAUGUAACACCUUGUAAAACUUCCGUCGGACCUGUAAAGCUUCUCUCCUAUGACUAGAGGCUCUUAUUUUCGGACUCGAAUGAUUUCAUUACCCACGCUAUGUUUGCUUCAUGAUACGUUAAUCCAUGUACGGUACACUUACUAUAACUACGGAACGUACACUGCCUGGAAACACUCACAGCGACAACAACUCACGCGUAGAUGACCAAUCUGCCCUCGCCAACUCUCCACUCGGCUCGGGCAU